AUGCAGCCGAUGAAAUCGUUCUACCUGUUUUCGAAGCUGUUCGGCCUGUGCCCGUAUUCGCUCGAUACGACGGUGCCGGUCAAUACGCGGGCCAGCUACGUGAAGCAGCUGCUACCGACCUACACGGUCCUGCUGCUCUACUCGUCCUGCUUGGUGAGCAUCUUCUGGCAGAGUGGCAACACGUCCGACAUUUCCAACGCCGCUAAUUGGAUACAGUUCAUUCCCAACUCGUUCGCGUACAUAUUUUCGCUCGUCUUUGCCAUCCGGCACCGAACGAUGGCAAACGAGAUCCUGACCACGUUCGCCAUCUGCGAUGAUAAGCUGCGAACGCAGUUCGGCAUUUCCUUCACGAUGCCAAACGUCAAAAUGAGACGUGUGUCCAUCCUAGCGUGUAUUGUCACCAUGACCUGUGGCAGCACAAUCGGUGCGCUAACUUAUUUGAUCGGAGUUAAUUGGAACCGUAUAUGGACGUUGCUUUAUUGGAUUGCUUUCUGCAUGCCAAAGUUUGGAUUGCUGUUGUUCAGUUUCCAGUUCGCCGGCUGCAUCCUGUAUCUGUCGGAUCGUUCCAUGCUGCUGCUGAGAGGCAUGAAUAAUUUUCCGGUCGGCGGGGAAAGCUUGGCCCUGCAACCGCAGGCCCACGGGCACGCCCAGUACAAAACGCUCAACAUGGCGAUGGGUGGCAACCAUCUGCCGAGCAUGCACGAGGGCAAACUGAACCGACUAACCACGCUCGCCACCAUCAAGAUCCGGGCGAUCAGUCCGCUCGACUCGAUACAGCACAUCCGCGAGGUGGUCGAAAUGCUGCAGGACCUGUCGGUCAAGAUAAACCACUGCUUCGGCAAGCAGGCCAUCUUCUCGCUGCUGUCCGCGUUUACCUGCGUCACCGUGCAGCUGUACUACAUGCUCAACCACAUCAAGUCCGGCUUUACCGCGUCCCGGUCCGAAAUCUAUGCGCUCGCCUCCUGCAGCCUGCUGUUUCUGCACGGUAUCGAGUUUUGGUCGCUGUUUACCAGCGGCGAAAACGUACGGCUCAAGUGGAAAAAGGUGAUCAAUUUCCUGUUCUUCAUGAAAUCCAAAUCGGUUGACGAUGACUUUCGGAAUAAGGUGGACGAUCUGAUUUCGUUCAUGGUGACAAAUCCACUCGAGUUCAACGCGUACGGUCUGUUUCCCAUCGAUCUGUCCGUGCUGACGGGGAUAGCUUCCUCCAUCACGACGUACCUGAUCGUUUUGAUACAGUUCAAAAUUUCCGAGGAACAAUCCAGCGGCUAUGACGACGAUUCGGAGGACAAAAGUCAAAUCCAGUACUCGGCACACUAA